AUGGUGCCCAUCAUCCGCAGCACUACAGGAGGGAGUACGCCUCUUCCCUGGCCAGAGGAGCCAUUGGAUCUCCCUACGAGCGAUUGCGGGGGCUAUUAUGCCGCUACGCUCGGAGAACACCUCAACUCCCGCUAUACGGUCCUGAGAAAGCUGGGCUGGGGCCAGCACUCAAACGUCUGGCUUGCCCAGGACACGAGGUCGAAUUAUGCGGCAGUCAAGAUUUUGACUGCUCAUGCGACUUCUGUCCAAGGCAGACUCUCCUUCGAACUAGAUAUAUUGAAGCGUGUUCGCUCGGCUGGCAGCUCGUCUCGGCAUCAGGGCUACUCACACGUGGUCGAGCUCAAGGACGAUUUUUGCCUUUCAAGCCCACACGGCGACCAUCUUUGUCUUGUUACGGAGGUGCUAGGAGAAUCCCUCGAUUCUUCGAAACGUACUUUCGAACAACACCGGUUUCCGGUAGGCGUGGUGAAGAAAAUCACCAAGCAGCUGCUCCUCGCACUCGACUUUCUGCAUAAUGAUUGUCAAGUUAUACAUACUGAUAUCAAACCCGACAAUAUUCACCUAACAAUUCCGGACCUCAGGGCUGCGGUGGCAACUGAACCUCCCCGGGAACGUCUUUCUAUCGAAAACGAGUCGCAGUUUCCUGUAGCACCUGUUCUGUCUCGUCCCGUGACAUUGCCGACAGCGGAUGUCCUGUCUCCGUCCAAUGUACAUAUUAAAUUGACAGAUUUUGGAGUUGCUGCUACAAAGGAUGGCUUCCAUGCAAAAAUCAUCCAACCCGUAGCCCUCAGGGCUCCAGAAGUGAUCAUAGGCUGUGAAUGGGACGCUAGUGCCGAUAUAUGGAAUCUCGGAUGCCUGGUGUUCGAGCUCUUAACGGGUCGCUGGUUGUUUGUCCCUCGUGGUGGACCCACUUGGACGCCGGAAGACUAUCAUCUUGCACAUAUGGCUCCGAUGGUAGGCGAAAGGUUCGACAAGAACGUCUUCAGUUGCGGCGAACACUAUGAUAAAUACUUCAAAGACAAUGGUAACCUAAGGAUCAGAGUUGAAGGAGCGGCGGAUCUCACGAGGGCACUGGCCAACUACAACGUCCUUAGCGAAGAAGAGCUACUAAUAUGUGCCGACUUCAUUCGGUGUAUGCUACGCCUUAACCCUGCUGAUCGCUCAACCUCUAGGCAGCUGCUUCAGCACGAGUGGCUGAGAUCCUGACCUCCACUUGCCUGGUUAACGAGCUACAGCUGGUCAAAGACCGUAGUUAUCGUCUUAUUCUCUGUCUGCCAUUGCCAGUUAUUCAAGCCGAGAAAUGUUGAUGGCAU